UGCGAGCAAUGUCAAGGGUUGAAGGAUGUUCUAAAGGAAGUGAGAAUAGCGAUUGAAGGGUCAUCAUGGAAGCCUUACAGUUGCGAACAACGAGAAGAUGUCCUUUACGACUUUGACCGUGCACAGUCAGACAUCUUGCUGUGGAAAGCGCACAUUGUACGCUCAAUAAAUCAGGAGGAGGCGAAACAAGAUGCACUGAAAUCAGAAGACCCACAGUCAGCCAUUCUGAUCAUGGACUGGGCCAUGAAGUUCCUCCAAAUAAAAUUUCGUGAGAAACAGUCUGAAUGGUUCGGCAAACGGGGGCUCAGCUGGCAUAUUUCCACCUUUAUAACUAAGAAUGUUGUCUCUGGAAAAAUUGAGCUGCAAUCGUAUGCUCAUAUCUUCGACUCUUGCCAGCAAGACUGGUACGCAGUAUGCUCGAUCAUCGAAAACACACUUGAGGUUGUAAAGAAAGAACAUCCCCAGAUUACCCAAGUGAACCUAAGGAGUGACGAAGCAGGCUGUUACCACAAUAACUUUCUCUUAGCCGCCGUUAGAGAUGCCGGAAGACGAGUAGGCAUUGAAGUAGCACGGUAUGAUUUUUCCGAGCCGCAGUAUGGAAAAGAUAUCUGUGAUAGAAUCCUUUGUCCAAUGAAGUCAUCCAUCCGACGAUAUUGCAAUGAAGGACACGAUGUCGUUUCUGCGAAAGACAUGCGUGUAGCGCUUUCAGAACGUCCUGUUCAAGGUACAACUGCCUCCGUGUGCGCAAUGAAUGAGACUCAAAAGACACUCGAAGUACAUAAGAUAGAAGGUUUCAGCAAGUAUCACAAUUUCAAGUUUGAAGUGAAAGGAAUUAGAGCAUGGAGAGCUUAUGGUGUUGGACUAGGCAAGUUUAUUCCUUACCGAGAGGUCAUAACUGAACCUCAUGUUCCUACUGGUCUCAUUGUGCAUGAAAACUUCUUUCCUCUCAAAGAAGCUCGAGUAUAUAAGAGAGAGACAAACAGUGAAAAUGAACAAUGCAACGGUCUUUUCUCUUGUUCUGAGCCCGGGUGCAACAUGGUUUUCAAGAAAUUCAGUGAACUCGAAAAUCACCUUGAUGUUGGUGAGCGCAGCCAAGUUCGCGGAAACUCUGAUAAGGUGUAUGACAAGCUCAGAAGAGACUGGGCGGAGAAAUUUCGUACUGUUGAUAAGGACGAAGAAAUCAGAAGCGUGCCUGAAGCAGUUGUAGAGGAGCAUCACGAAAAGAAUAAAACUGGCCGCUCUUCCGAGUGCAGUGACUUGCAGACUGGAUGGGCUCUACACAAACCCCGAAACGAAGCUGUGCGUUUUCCUACCGAGGUUAAACAGUACCUAACAACGAAAUUUGAUCUUGGAGAAAGAACUGGCAUCAAGUCAGAUCCCGCAAAAGUGGCAGCAGAUAUGCGAACUGCAAGAAACCCAGACAGUUCUCGGAUGUUUGAGAGGAAACAUUGGCUCACAAAGGGUCAAGUACAGGGAUUUUUUUCGAGGCUAGCGGCCUCGCGAAGAAGCAAAGCACAUCGGAAAGCGCUCAAUGAAGACGUAGAGGCGGAACAGGAAGAGCAGGAAAGACGAGCCACCCUGGAAGAGGUAGCCACCCACCUUGGUCCUAAGCAUCCGAUCUGCUAUGAUUCAUACUGUUUAUGUGACCUUUCACACGAGAAGAAACUUGAAACAUUUAGCGUUGCUAUGCUCAAGGACAUGUUGAAAUACUUUGAAAUUCCUUUUAGUUCUCGCGAUAGAAAAAAAUUCUUGUAG